CAGAGGGCGUAAAAUAGCAGAAGCAACAUUGACAUUCAUUUUAACAGUUCAUGACACUGUAGAGUUGCUAUGGCAACAGGUUAGUUGCCAUGGUUGUGAAGCAGUCAUGCAACAUGCCAGGGGAGGAUGUGGUUAGUGUGAAAAUGCAGAUGAACCUGGAGGAAUACCGAGAGUUCAUAUGCGGAUGGGGAGCAGCUCUCAUCAACAUCACCGCUACUUUUCCCAUCAACAAAGCCAUGUUCAGGCAGCAGUUACAUGGUAUUUCAGGUUUCAAAGCUGUGACACAGUUACAGAAGGAAGGCCUUGGCAACUUGUACCGUGGUGUAGUCCCCCCACUGAUGCAGAAAACAACCUCCCUGUCGCUGAUGUUUGGGAUGUACCACAAGUUUCAGCACAUGUUAAUGGAUCAGUGUCCGACAUGGUCCAAAACAUCAGUUCAAGCAACGGCAGCGAUGUUGGCUGGGAUGACUGAAGCGACACUGUCGCCUUUCGAGCGUGUUCAGACUUUAAUGCAGGAUCGGACCUAUCAUAAGAGAUUUACCAACACACCUCAUGCCAUGUAUGAAUUGCGUACUUAUGGUCUCAGGGAGUACUAUAGAGGCCUUACUCCGAUCCUGAUGCGAAAUGGACCGAGCAAUGUCAUGUUCUUCUUAGGGAGAGACUUUCUCCACGAUCUUGUGCCGCUAGGGGAAAGUCCAACAGAGAGGUUUUUGAAACAUUUCAUCAGUGGUGCUGUUCUGGGUGCUUUUAUAAGUACCUUCUUUUACCCCCUGAAUGUUGUCAAGACAAGGAUGCAAUCGAAGCUAGGAGGAGAGUAUUUAGGGGUUUGGCGUACCUUCCUGGUCGUACUUGAAGAACGCGGGUACAGUGUCAGAAAACUAUUCCGAGGAUACCACCUCAACUACACCCGAUCGUUUCUCUCAUGGGGAAUUAUCAACGCUUCCUAUGAGUAUCUCAUGAAGCAUUUGUUCAGGAAAUCCGAGCUUUCUUGACCUUAAACGCUGGCAUAAUUUGGACUGUAUGAAAGUGCUGUGUUGACUUGAAGUAGCAUGCAAGUGAUUUUCUGUGUGGUUUGAUAUAGAAAGCAUGCAGUGAGUUAACUUGUUUAAAAGGCAUUACUUAGAUGUUGACUGGUGACAAGGUAGACACAAAUUUAUGGAUAACAACUUCUUUAGUACUGUAAAAAGCGACGUUUCGGUAUGGAUCCUUUUACCAUUGUCAAGCAGGACAACAGUAUAAGGAUCUAUACCGAAACAUCACUUUUUACAGUAUUAAAGAAGUUGUUAUCCAUAAAAUUGUGUUUACAUUGUGUUCUUACAGAUUAGACUAUCCUAGAUAUGCUUAAGAUAUCAUGCGAUUUACUAUCAUUGAGAAUACUGGAAUACUGUCAGCAUUUUAGAGGUAACAACAUUUUCAAGCUAUCAUGUAGCUUAGUCCUUGACAAUCAUGACAAUUACCUUAUCUGCUUGACCAUAAAAGAGUUUGGGAUCAAAGUAUUGACAUCAACUCCCAAUGAUCAUGAUGAUUGAAAAUCUAUAUAUUGAUAUUUCAUUGGUAACAUAUGUCUACCAUUUUGCACCAAUAUGACAUCAAUAACUAUAUGAGAUUAUCAGUCAUCAUAUUCCUUGACAGCAUACUUCAGUUAAAAAAUGAAAUUGCUGGUAGUUUUAAUAAAGUGUGCCAGUAAACGUGGUGAACAUGGUUCAUGGUUUAUUGAGGUUGUUGAACCUGCAUCUUUCACUGAUGAUGUUCACUGUGCCAUGGGGGGCACGGGGGGCACGGGUGGCCCAGUCGUCCAGGGCGCCGCGGUUCGCUAUGCAGAGUUGCGUCCCUUGGGCACGCCAGAAACCUAUGGUUGUGGG